GGAUCUUUCAUAUUUAAGACUCUUUCUCAUCUCUACCAUUUCAAACUGCAUGACUGUGCUUACUAAGUAAUAUAAUGAGGACUUUCAUUCUUCUGGUUGCAGUUGUAUUGGGAUGUCUAACGCUCCCAUCUGCUGAAGCUGGAAUUUUUGACUGGGUCUUCGGGGGUCCACCUAAAAAAUAUCAAAAUGUUGGCAGCCCUCCAGGCUUGGUCGGCCAAUAUAUUACGAACGGCAACUAUGGGGGAAACAGUUUCAGCAACCUAGUGAUCAGUAAUGGAGAACUGUUGUCAGGGUCAAUGAAACAAAUGAUUAAUGGGCAAGUGUACAACGUGUUGAUUGAGCAACAAAAAAGGAAAACAGGAGAGUGUAAAGAAACAAUAACAAUUUCUCUGACAGAUAAGAAAGAGAAGUCACUCAGUGGAAAAUGUUCUAAACCUGGCUCAAUGAAGACGAUAAAGAACAUCGGGGAUUUCCUAUUAGUGGAAGGACCUGAAGAAAGCUUUUGUGCGUUCUCAACUAAUAAUAACGAAUUAAUAUACCUGCUGGAUGGAAAAUGGAAGAAAGGUGAAUACGGCAACGAUAAUGCUAACGACAAAGAACUGACUUCAACUGAGGUGGAUGAAUUGAAAGAAAGGAUAAAAAAGUGGCUAUCGUUCUUUGAGGAGUCUGACAAAGAAAUCGAGAAGAUAAUAAGUUUGAAGAAUGUCCUCAGAGAAAAAUUCUUUAACGAAAGAAAUAGACUUAGAUAUUUACUAACACAGGAAAGAGUUACCAGUAUACAAAACCGAAAUAAAAUAAGGCAACUAAUAUAUCAGGAACGACAAAGACACUAUGGAGAGAUGAGAAACAUUUAUAACCAAAGAAGAUUGGGAAAGCUCACGUCAGAGGCUGCAGAUCAACUCAUAACUGCUGAAGAAACUAAAUACAACAAAAACAUUGACGAUUUGGACAAAAUGAUAGACGAAGAAGACAAAAGAUUUGACGAAUCCAACAACUCUUACGAAAAGCAGAUGGAAGAAGAAGAAAGUAAAAUGGAUGAAGAAAUAAGCAAAUUGGACCUUCUGCAAGAAAAAGAAAAUGAACGAGUUUUAAAACAGAUAAAAAUAAAUAUCAGCCAAGGGUGGUAAUUUCAUAAUUACAGUCUUAAAAUAAGUGAUUUAAGGUAA